CUCCCGGGGGGGUCUCUGUCUCAUUGGGUCUCUGUCCCUGUUCUUCUCUCGUUGGGUCUGUCCUCCUUCCUCUGUCACCGCCCCACGUUUUCCAUCCCCUCGCAACCCUCCGGCUGAUUCACGCCUUCAGGAAUAAGGAUCUUGGGUGUUUCCUGCCCCCUUCCGUCCCCACCUCUCUCCUCUGAGCCAGAGGGUGGGGUGGGGGGCUUGAGGGAGUUAGGGGCUCUCUGGCUUUACACUGAAUCCAGCGACGGUAUCUUCGGGGCUGUGGGAGAGGCGUCCCCCCUCCACAACACCCUCCUCUCGCACCCCGGCCCUCCUGCUCUGACAGAAGCCUCGAGGGAGAGAGGGGGAACCCCUGCGCUCAGCAUCCCUCCUUGACGACCCCCAGCACUCCCUUCCUGGUAGAGCUCCCCGCCUUCCUGGGACCUUUCCUGAGGGCUGUUGGUGCUGAGAUUCCAACCGGUCCUUGGGCUCGCUCCGACCGACCCCCAUCGCGGGAUAGGGCCCACAGCUGCUGCUACAAGCCAAGUCUUAGAAGUCCUCACCGGCACCAUUACCUCCAACGAGUGGGGCUCUCCGACCUCCCCGGCCGGGAGCGACGUGUCCGGAGGUAGCGGGGCUUUGGAGAAGCCGGGUGACUAUGACGCCGAGGGCGUGUGGGGCCCUGCCAUGGAGCACAGCUUCCAGGAGGCCCUGGCCAUCUACCCACCCUGUGGCCGGCGCAAGAUCAUCUUGUCAGAUGAGGGCAAGAUGUACGGCAGGAAUGAGCUGAUAGCGCGUUACAUCAAACUACGGACCGGGAAAACGCGCACCCGAAAGCAGGUUUCCAGUCACAUCCAGGUGUUGGCCCGCCGCAAAGCCAGGGAGAUCCAGGCUAAACUGAAGACCCGCCCUCUCCAGACCGCCCAGCCCAGCUCACCCGCUCCGUUCCUCUCCCAGUUCUGGCCGGGGGCUUUUCCGGGACAGGCUGGGUCUCCCCACAACUUGAAACUGUGUUCCCAGCAAGUCUUCGCUGUCCCGCCGCCGCCUACAGUGUCUCCUUCAGGGUUCGAAUCCCCUGUCGGGCCCUGUGGGUCCCCGCCCACCCCUCCCUGGCAGGGCCGCAGCGUGGCUGGCCCCAAGCUCUGGAUGAUUGAGUUCUCCGCCUUCCUGGAGCGCCAACGGGAUCCGGACACGUACCACAAGCACCUGUUCGUGCACAUUGGGCAGACCUGCCCCAGCGACAGAGCCCCCUUCCUCGAGGCGGUGGACAUCCGCCAGAUCUACGACAAAUUCCCCGAGAAGAAGGGGGGCCUCAGGGAGCUGUACCAGCGCGGCCCCGCCGACGCCUUCUUCCUCGUCAAGUUCUGGUUCGCCCUGAGGUCUGUCCUGCUGCUCCAGGCUGACCUCAACACCGACAUCGAGGACGGAGCGGGGUCCUUCUACGGGGUGUCCAGCCAGUAUGAGAGUCCCGAGAACAUGACCAUCACCUGCUCCACCAAGGUCUGUUCCUUCGGCAAGCAGGUGGUGGAGAAGGUGGAGACGGAACACGCCCGCUACGAGAACGGCCACUACUCCUACCGCAUCCAUCGCUCCCCGCUGUGCGAAUACAUGACCAACUUCAUCCACAAACUCAAGCACCUGCCCGAGAAGUACAUGAUGAACAGCGUGCUGGAAAACUUCACCAUCCUGCAGGUGGUGACGAACAGAGACACCCAGGAGACGUUGCUGUGCAUCGCUUAUGUGUUCGAGGUGUCCUCCAGCGAGCACGGAGCUCAGCACCACAUCUACCGACUGGUGAAGGAUUAGUCUCAGGGGGCGAGCGGGGGCCGGGGGCUCACCCUAAACCCCGCCACGGGACACGCUGGGCUCAGAUUGAAAGUCCCUGGAAUAAACCCGGUGUUGUACACUGAU